AAUUCAUCAAAAUAUUUUUAUUAAUUCCUUCCGAUUUUCCGAAUUCCCACCCUGAGUAAUCCGGAAUUACUCCCUUAGUCAGCCCACUGGCCGAGUCAAAACCCUUGAUAAUACUUGCGAGAUUUUCAUUUCAUUUACAAAACUAAUUAAAAACUGAACACUGCCAGCGCAUCGAUUUUCCGGCAUCACGAACAUACCAUGUCGCGGUGGUUGUCUAGUGGCACUAACAAUUCAUCCUCGCUAAUAGCUCGUCAUCUCCGUCGCAAUCUCUCCACUACUGCCGCUCCUCCCCUUUCCUCUCUCUCUAAUCCCCAAGAGAAAGAGAAAGGAACAGGAUGGACACGAUUCUUACUUUUUGUUCCCGGAGCUAUUACUUUCGGCCUCGGCACUUGGCAGAUCUUUAGACGAAAUGACAAGAUAAAUAUGUUGGAGUACAGACAAAGUAAAUUGGGAAGUGAACCUAUAAAAUGCAACGCCAUUACUUGUUCAAAGGAAAAUUUGGAUGCUUUAGAAUUCAGGAGACUGGUAUGUGAAGGAGUUUUUGAUGAGGAAAAGUCUAUCUAUGUGGGACCGCGUUCUAGAAGCAUUUCGGGGGUGACUGAAAAUGGCUACUAUGUCAUUACCCCACUUAUGCCUAUCCCGAACAACCCUAGAAGUGCCCAGGCGCCAAUUCUAGUUAACAGAGGCUGGGUUCCACGCAGUUGGAAAGACAAGUCUUCUAAACAUUCUGUAGAUGAUGGACAACCUAUAGCUAUAGAACCUACUAGUACAGAUAACAGAAGUUCACGGUGGUGGUUCCAGUCGAAUAAGCCUGAUGUUCAGGUUCCUGAUGUCAUCCCAACAGAAGUUGUUGGCGUAGUACGUGGAAGUGAGAAGCCUAGUGUUUUUGUUCCAGCUAAUGAUCCAAGUUCCUGCCAGUGGUUCUAUGUAGACGUACCUGCAAUUUCUAGUGCUUGUGGACUCCCAGAGAAUACUGUAUACAUCGAAGACACAAAUGAUAAUGUUAAUCCAAGUAAUCCAUACCCUCUCCCGAAGGAUCCGAACACACUGAUCCGAAGUUCAGUAAUGCCACAGGACCAUCUCAAUUAUACAAUUACCUGGUAUUCUCUAUCUGCAGCUGUAACGUUUAUGGCCUUUAAGAGACUAUUACCAAAAAAGAGCAGGGUACGGUAGGAGAUUUGUUCACACAGACUCGUAUCCUUUUCCAUUCGGAUAGCAAUUCUAGCGUGACAUUGAAUAACGGAUAUCAAAGCUCCAUUUCCACCAUCUUUCUCUCUAGCCAGACUGGCAAAAUACGUUGCAACUCGAGUGGGCUUCAGUAGCAUACUAACUAUAAUGCAGUCUGCUCACCCGUGGGGAUAUGAUCUACUAUGCAAGUCCAUUUUCUACCAUGGGUGGUGCUAUUUUCUGCUGGCUGCAGCCACUAGAACAAUAUUUGUUCCUAAUUAUAUUUUGUAACUUAUAUAUAAUUUUUGUUAUCAUUUUUAUUGGGGGUUGGGGGGUUUGAAGUUUUGAAGAAUCAUACAUGAUAGAUUUAGGGACAAUGUUGCCCCUUCGUAGUUUCUGGCGUAUUACAGUUCCCAAAUUUGUUCAUCGGAGAAAUAUUAAUUUUUUGAAUUUUUUCGAGUCA